AUUUAAUUAACCCAAUACAAAAAUAUUAAGUGAGGCCCCGGCCCGUUGACAUGAGCCGCAUCGGGCGAUGGAUAUUCUUCCUAAUUCUUACCCUCGCCGCCGGGUCUUGUUCCCGGCCCACUUAACAUAUCCAGAAAACACUUUGAAUUUUCUUCCCCACUAAACCAAAGCAACAAAACAACUGGUACCUCAAUAAAACCAGUACUGCACGGUUACAAUUUUCACUGAUCAUUUGAUCGAUCGUCAUUCGUCUUCUGCUCAGCUCAGGUUACGUCAUUUCUUCUUCCUUCGGUUAAAUUUACGUUCCUUUCUUAUGAUUUUUUUUUAUUUUUUUUUAUUUUAUAUUCGUGUAAUUUUGCCUAUUUCCUAGUUCGUUGUAGAUUUUUAGCUCGUUUUAGAGUUUAACCGUUGACCUCACUGCGUAGCGCCAAUUGAAAAUUUGCAUUCGUCUAUUUUCUAAUUUUUUUUUGUUUGUGUUUAUGCAUAUUCGGUUUCUGCCUUCGCAAUGUGAUUGAAGUUCGAAGGUUUCAUUUAUUUUUUAAGGAAUUUUUGGUGUUAGGGUUGAAGGGAGUGACGAUAAUUGCCUGCUUAUGAUGUGGUGCUGGUAUCUCCUUUAAUCUUGACUUUAUGUAACUGGGAUCUUUUCUCUUAUAAUGGCUUCUAGAGCUAUCCUGAGGAGGAAAAAGCAUCUCUAUGACUCCCUUAAUCGCUCCAAAUACUUAAUUCAAGGCAAUUCUUGCUUUCAGCAUGAUAAUGCAUCUGUUAGUUCUGGGGCAUGGGAUUGGAGCGGGGCUUUCAGUUGUUCAUCUCCAAAUUCAAAUCGCGAGAAAGAAGGAAAAUCGAAUUAUAUUUCUAAAGAUAUACUAACUGGUUUAUCUGAAAAAGGAUUCAGGCAAAACUUUUUUGGGAUUCCGUCAUUUGAUGUUGGAAAUGGAUACCAAGGGUCUCUUUUGGGAGUUAGAUGGGUGACAGAUCAUGCCCGAUAUUUUUCCACAGCUGCAGCUGAUCAGCCUAAUGCGCUUCCUGGUGGUGAUAAUAAUGAAGAACAGAGUCCUAAGAAAAAAAAGGAACCUUCACCUGAAGAAUGUGACCAGGCAGUGGAGGGGUUGAGCACGGUCAAAGCCAAAGCAAAGGCUAAGCAGUUGCAAGAUAGUCAAAAGGAUUCCAAAACUAUAAUGCAGAGAAUUUGGGCUAUGCUUUUAGGAAUUGGUCCUGCUUUUAAAGCCGUUACAUCUAUGAGCAGGGAGGACUGGGCUAAGAAGCUUAAACACUGGAAGGACGAAUUCAAGUCUACAAUGCAACACUACUGGCUGGGUACGAAAUUAUUAUGGGCUGAUGUGAGGAUCAGCGUGAAAUUGUUGCGCAAACUUGCCAGUGGAAAGAGUCUUUCUAGGAGAGAGAGGCAGCAACUCACGCGGACUACAGCAGAUAUUUUCCGGCUUGUUCCUUUUGCUGUUUUUAUUAUAGUUCCCUUCAUGGAAUUUUUGCUGCCGGUGUUCCUGAAAUUGUUCCCCAACAUGUUGCCAUCAACUUUCCAAGACAAGAUGAAGGAGCAGGAGGCUCUGAAAAGGAAGCUGAAUGCUAGGAUAGAAUAUGCAAAAUUUCUUCAAGAGACUGUAAAAGAAAUGGCCAGAGAAGUGAAAGAUUCCCGCAGUGGAGAAAUUACAAAAACAGCUGAAGAUCUUGAUGAAUUCAUGAACAAGGUUAGGAAGGGUGCUGCCGUUUCGAAUGAGGAAAUUUUAGGCUUUGCUAAGUUAUUCAACGACGAGCUCACUCUGGACAAUAUUAGUAGACCUCGGUUGGUGAACAUGUGCAAGUAUAUGAACAUCAGCCCCUUUGGUACAGAUGCAUACCUACGUCACAUGUUAAGAACGAAACUUCAGAAGAUCAAGGAAGAUGAUAAGAUGAUUCAAGCUGAGGGAGUGGAGUCUCUUUCUGAGGAAGAGCUCCGCCAAGCAUGUCGUGAACGGGGAAUGCUUGGAUUGGUUUCAGUUGAUGAAAUGAGGCAGCAAUUAAAGGAUUGGUUGGACUUGUCUCUCAACCAUUCAGUUCCAUCUUCCCUGUUAAUCCUUUCCAGAGCCUUUACUGUGGCUGGUAAAGUGAACCUUGGGGAAGCUGUUCAAGCAACAUUGUCCUCCCUUCCAGAUGAAGUGGUUGAUACUGUUCAAGUUACUACGCUGCCAUCCGAAGACUCUGUUGCUGAAAGGAGGAGAAAACUAGAGUUCCUUGAAAUGCAAGAAGAAUUAAUUGAGGAGGAGGAAGAGAAAGAAGAAGUGGCACAGGCUAGGAAGCAGAAGGAUGUGGCCCUGGAAGAAAUGACCAUCCCCACAGAAAAAGAAGCUCGACAGAUUAAAGCAAAAACGUUAGAUAAACAAGACCAGCUUUGCCAAUUAAGUAAAGCAUUGGCUGUUUUAGCCUCAGCUUCUUCUGUGAGCAGGGAACGUGAAGAAUUCUUGAGACUUAUCAACAAGGAGAUAGAAUUAUAUAAUAGCAUGGUGGAAAAAGAAGGUACAGACGGCGAAGAAGCAGCAAAGAAGGCAUAUAAAGCAGCUAGAGAGGAUAGCGAUCAUGCUGUCGAAAAGGCGUUAGGAGAUGAAGUUUCAUCAGCUCUUAGAGACAGGGUUGAUUCUAUGCUUCAAAAGCUCGAAAAAGAAAUUGAUGAUGUGGAUGCCACCAUCGGUGAUCGGUGGCGUUUGCUUGAUAGGGACUAUGAUGGCAAAGUGACGCCCGAGGAAGUAGCAUCCGCUGCGACGUAUCUGAAAGACACUUUGGGUAAAGAGGGUAUUGAGGAACUUAUCAGUAGACUUUCCAAAGAUAAAGAAGGAAAAAUCCUUGUGGAAGAUAUUGUCAAGCUGGGAAGUGAAACAGAUGACGCUGAAAUCGGUGAAAGCAGCAAGUCUCAGUGAACUCAUCUGCUAUUUUUGUGGUAGGAACUGAGCCGGUCUUGACUUCUGCAAGAAUACGAAUAUACUAGUGGGCAUUGGCGGCAAUAGGGAAAGGAAAUUACAGUAAUGGAUAAUGUCUAUUGAUUAUAAAUAUUUAAACAGUUAUGUGUAGAAAAGGUACUCAAGGCUAUGAUUUACCUGUAAUCUCCUGGUUUUAAUAUGGGGCAUAAUUCAUUUUUCCUCUCAGAAUUUUGAGAAAGAUACGGCCCUUUCUAGAGGGUUUUUUGGCUAACAGAAUUGUAAAUGCCAUGUUUAUUUUGGAAAUGAAGUUCAGCAUGUUUAUAAACUUUAUAAAGUCAUCAGACA